AGCCAGCAGCAGCAUCUCGUUCCAAAGAUCACCGUCCUCCAUUCUCAACACUCCAGUUUCGUUCCGUUCAGCUCGUUUCCAUGGCGCCUCUCGGUGACGGAGUUGCUCCCGCGGCGGCGGCCGCCCCAGGCCUGGUCGUCUCCUUUGGCGAGAUGCUCAUCGACUUCGUUCCCGACGUGGCCGGCGUCUCCCUCGCCGAGUCCGCUGGCUUCGUCAAGGCCCCCGGCGGCGCGCCCGCCAACGUCGCAUGCGCCGUCUCCAAGCUUGGCGGCUCCUCCGCAUUCGUCGGCAAGUUCGGCGACGACGAGUUCGGCCACAUGCUGGUGGAGAUCCUGAAGCAGAACGGGGUGAACGCGGAGGGGUGCCUGUUCGACCAGCACGCGCGCACCGCGCUGGCCUUCGUCACCCUCAAGUCCAACGGCGAGCGGGAGUUCAUGUUCUACCGCAACCCGUCCGCCGACAUGCUGCUCACGGAGGCGGAGCUCAACCUGGACCUGAUCCGCCGCGCGCGCAUCUUCCACUACGGCUCCAUCUCGCUCAUCACCGAGCCCUGCCGCUCGGCGCACGUGGCCGCCACGCGCGCCGCCAAGGCCGCGGGGCUGCUCUGCUCCUACGACCCCAACGUGCGCCUCCCGCUCUGGCCCUCGGCGCAGGCGGCCCGCGACGGCAUCAUGAGCAUCUGGAAGGAGGCCGACUUCAUCAAGGUCAGCGACGACGAGGUGGCCUUCCUCACCCAGGGCGACGCCAACGACGAGAAGAACGUCCUCUCGCUCUGGUUCGAGGGGCUCAAGCUGCUCAUCGUCACCGACGGCGAGAAGGGGUGCAGGUACUUCACCAAGGACUUCAAGGGCUCCGUCCCGGGGUAUGCUGUCAACACCGUCGACACCACUGGCGCGGGCGACGCUUUCGUCGGCUCCCUCCUCCUCAACGUCGCCAAGGACGACUCCAUCUUCUACAACGAAGCCAAGCUCAGGGAGGUUCUGCAGUUCUCCAACGCUUGCGGUGCCAUCUGUACCACCCAGAAGGGAGCCAUCCCGGCGCUGCCCACCACCGCUGCAGCCCUUGAGCUCAUCAGCAAGGGCAGCAACUAGAGCCACCUGCCGGUCGUCGCGUGCGCCCCCGGGGUUGAUCGAGUUUAGUGGAGAUUUUUUAGCUGCAUUUUAUCUAAUCUAGGAGAGAUUGUGGUUCCUGCGUCGGGUUAGAUUUAUUUUCUUUUUUUAUUAUAUGUGUGCGUGAGACCUCGUGUGGGCGCUUAAUAAAAUGCAAGCAUAUCAAUGAGUCUGAAUGAAUGGAUAUUUGUCCAGGAAGAAUAUUUCCUUCUGUCUCAUG